UAGCGUUUGUUUGCGGUAGAAGCGGGAUUGGCCAUCUUUGCGAGGAACAGCGAAAGUAGAAACCGACAAAAAUGUUCCGUAACCAGUAUGACAAUGAUGUCACAGUGUGGAGCCCUCAGGGCCGACUGCACCAGGUGGAGUAUGCGAUGGAGGCUGUGAAGCAGGGUUCGGCGACGGUGGGGCUCAAGUCCAAAACUCAUGCCGUCCUCGUCGCACUUAAGAGAGCACCGUCGGAGCUGUCUGACCACCAGCGUAAAGUCAUCCCCAUCGACGACCACAUCGGCAUCUCCAUCGCUGGACUCACGGCUGACGCAAGGCUCCUCAGUAAGUUCAUGCGUACAGAGUGCCUGAACAGCCGGUACGCCUACGAGAGCCCACUGCCGGUAUCCAGGCUGGUCUCAACACUCGGCAACAAGAUGCAGAUUUGCACCCAGCGCUACGGCAGGAGACCUUACGGAGUGGGACUACUGGUGGCUGGAUAUGAUGAGAUGGGCCCACACAUCUACCAGACCUGUCCCUCCUCUAACUACUUUGACUGUAAGUGCAUGGCCAUCGGCGCACGCUCACAGUCUGCUAGAACUUACCUGGAGAGGCACCUUAAUGACUUCUUAGACAGUUCUGUGGAUGACCUUGUGCGACACGGUCUGCGCGCUCUGAGAGAAACUCUGCCCAACGAACAGGAGCUCAACACCAAGAACGUGUCUGUUGCCAUUGUUGGGAAGGACACAGACUUCACCCUGUAUGAUGAUGAUGACGUCCAACGAUUUCUAACAGGCAUUGAACAUGAGAAGAGAGAAAGAGGGGCGCCCGCGGCGCCCAUGGAUGUGGCAGAGGGCCAGGAGGGACCCGCGGCGGACGCGCCCCAGGACCCACAGCCUGAGGGACCCGCGGCCAUGGAACACUAGAGCUCUAUCAACUUACGAUUCAACUAGGACGGUUAUAGAAAUGAUAAAACAUCGCUUCAUGUUGGUUAUACCUUUGUAUAAGAUCACGUUUCUUCAAAAGAACAAAUUUUCAUCUGAAAAUAAUACACCUAACCUUUCUAAAAGUAAACAUAGACCUGUCUUUCAUGACCUUUGAUAUUAGUUUGGGAUGUUUUGCAUAAUAUUUGCUAAAUAGCAUUUUUGCUAAUUAGCAAUUUUUUCAAUGAUAUGCAACCAACUGGUGGAGACCACAAGUGUAAAUGUAGAUGUUGGAUAAUUCAAUGGUCAGUCUGUCUUGACUUAAUGUAGUAAUCAACUACACAUAUAGGUACUCACAUUGCGACCAUGUGCAUUUUGGUGAAGUUAUAAGAACAUGCAAAAAUACAUCAUAAACCUUUGCUCACAAGAGUUGAAUAUGCGCUCUAAUAUGACUAAGACUCAAAAGGUUGAAAAAUAAAAGACAAUAGGCCUGAUAACUUCA